AUGGAGAAGGAGUCAUCUGGAUUAAUCAUAGGCAUCUCAAUCGGAGUGGUGAUAGGAGUGCUUUUAGCUAUAGCUGCAUUUUUCUGCUUUAGGAGGUACCAUAGGAGACGUCCUCAGAUAGGGAAUAGCAGUUCUAGGAGAGCUGCCACCGUUCCUAUUCGUGUAAAUGGUGUUGAUACAUGUACAGUGUUAUCAGACUCCUCAAUGGGUACUGAAUCACCAAAGUCUAUCCAGAAUGGCAUGUCAUUGUGGUUGGGGAACGUCAGGAAGUCGAAUGUGGUUUCUGCAUCCGGUAUACUCGAGUACUCCUACAAGGAUUUGCAGAGAGCAACCUACAACUUCACCACAUUGAUUGGUCAAGGGGCCUAUGGUCCUGUUUAUAAAGCUCAGAUGUCUACUGGUAAGACGGUUGCUGUCAAAGUGCUUGCAACUGAUUCUAAACAAGGGGAGAAAGAAUUCCAAACAGAGGUCAUGUUACUGGGAAGGCUACACCAUAGAAACCUGGUGAAUUUAGUUGGAUACUGCGCAGAGAAGGGUCAGCAUAUGCUUAUCUGAAGAGGGGCUAGGCCUACAGAAAUAAUGAUUAAAAUCCCGC